UCCACUGGUCGUGUUAUUCAUCCCGGUGCGUUGUUCGGUUUCAAGGUUGGAUCCUCGAAUCUACUUAUCACUUUAGCUACUCGAAUAAUGGCUCCUAUUACCCUUCAGAUGUAUCUGCAAGAUGUAGCAAACUGCAUUAACAGUCGGAACGGUAGAGGAUUGAGCCACUAUCUCAUGUGUAGUGAUCCUCAUGUAUAUAAUUCUCGUCUAGCAAUGCCGGAUCCAGAAAAUAUUGCUGUAUCGUACCUUGUAUCACCCUGGGAUGAGAUAGUUUCUGCUCAUGUGAGGUGUAUAUGGGCAAUGCGUAACCGUGAUUUCGAAGAAGCCUAUGCUUGUCAAAUAGUAUUAGUGAAGAAUGUGGCCAAAGCACUCACUGAAUUGAAAGACGACAAUUGGAUUUUGCCUGUUGCACAUGCAGCUGCUAUUGAUUUAAGGAGAUUCGCCCAUGGUUUGGACGCGAAAUUCACACCACAAUCGGAUAGUUUUAGAAAUCAAGGAAGAAGAAUGGAAAAUGCUGCACAACUUAUUUUAAGGCUAUUUCAAAUAUGUGCCAGUGACAGUCGUGCACAAGUUGAAGAUUCGAAAAAAUUGGGCAUGAUGGGUUUAGCCAAUCAAUUGUUUAAAAUUUACUUCCAGAUUAAUAAAUUGAAUUUGUGCAAAUCUAUGAUUCGUGCAAUCGAUAAUUUAAGUAUGAAUGAUCAUUUUAGUUUGGCACAACGUGUAACUUAUUGUUAUUAUGUUGGGAGAAAAGCAAUGUUCGAUGGUGAUUUUGUGUCAGCUGAUAAAUCACUGACUUUCGCAUUCGAGCGUUGUUUAACUACAAAGUGGAAUAACAAACGUUUAAUACUGAUCUAUUUAAUCCCUGUAAAAAUGUUACUUGGAAUACUACCCAAAGAAAGUCUUCUAUGUAAAUAUAAUUUGAGACAAUUCCAAGACAUUGCUGAUGCGGUCAAAACAGGAAAUUUACGUAAAAUGGACUCUGCUUUAGAAGAGCAUGAAGCUUUUUUCUUAUCUUGUGGUGUUUACUUGAUAUUAGAAAAGCUAAAGUUGACUGUUUAUCGAAGUUUAUUUAAACGAGUGUAAGUUCUAUUUGUUCUCAACCCUUUUUUUUAUAUUUGUUAUGCUUUCUUUUUUCACCUUCGCUAUUGAUGCUUUAAAAAUUCUAUUCCUACAGUUGUUAUAUCAUGAAGACACAUCUACUACCGAUUGAAGUAUUCACUGCUGCACUACAGUUAAUGGGGGUUGAAGAUAUAGAUCCAGACGAAACAGAGUGUAUUCUAGCUAAUCUCAUUCAUGAAGGAAAAAUCAAAGGUUAUUUGGCACAUCAACAACAAAAAUUAGUUGUUAGCAAAUUACAAGCAUUUCCUCCGCUUACAAGUAGUGUGGCAAGUAGUUUAAAAUGAACCUCUACUCAUUACUCUGCAUUCUGUAAUUAAUAUGAUAUUGUAUACAGACAAAUACUUUGUACAAAGUUUACCAUGUGUAAUUUUAAAGUGUGUAUAAAUACAUUUUUUUUUACUAUUAAUAUAUUUUAUACUAUUGUA